GUAUCACAGGGAAAGAUGACCUUACUGUGGGUGCAACAACAAGUGGAAGAGUGAAUUUUUACCCCUGGACAAUAGAUAAUAAAUAUUAUUCUGCAGACAUUCACCUCUGUGUGGUACCAAACACAUUUCUUGUUACUGGAGAUAUUGCUGAAUCUGUGCAAGCAUUUGUUGUGUACUUCGACAGCACAAUAAAAUCUGGACUUGAUAGUGUCUCCGAAUGGCUUCCCCUGACCGAAGAGUGGUUACCAGAAGUCAUGAUCCUGGUUUGUAACAGAGUAUCUGAAAAUGGUAUUAAUAGACAGAAAGCUCAAGAAUGGUGCAUCAAGCAUGGCUUUGAAUUGGUAGAACUUAGCCCUGAGGAACUGCCUGAUGAAGAUGAUGAUUUUCCAGAGUCCACCGGCGUGAAACGAAUUGUACAAGCCUUGAAUGCCAAUGUGUGGUCCAACGUAGUGAUGAAGAACUCCAAUCCAUCAUCAGCAGAGGGAGAAGAAUCCCAUUUAGACAACAGAGAAGACAGCGCUAGCACAAACCACCUACAGGUGGACAACACUGUUGAUCCCAUGUUAGAUACGGACAUUCAAGAGUUAGCCAGCCUAACCACGAGAGACGGUGACCUGGAGAACUUCGAAAGGCUGUUUUCAAAGCUGAAAGAAAUGAAAGAUAAAGCUGCAACAUUGCCUCAUGAACAAAGAAAACUGCACGCGGAAAAGGUGGCCAAAGCAUUCUGGAUGGCAAUUGGAGGAGACAGAGAUGAAAUCGAAGGUCUCUCCUCGGAGGAAGAAAACUAA